AUGAGUGCCGAAUAUACUACCGUCCCCAUCUCUCUAUGGGAUGGCACCAAAGCAAAUACCGAUAUCUUUGCCCGAGCCACUUUCAUCUUCAAUGCGCAACUAUCCUUCGAAAAGCUACAUCAAACAUGGAUCCAAAUGCUACAGGCAAGACCUAUCAUGCAAGCGCGCGUGCGUCGCUCCAAGACUGCGGCUUCCGGUCUCGAGUACCACGUCUACACUCCCGAGGGCCUAGCGCGCUACCUACAGAAGCAAAGCACCGCCCCAGAUCACCUAAAGGAUUUCUUCUGCCUGGACCAGUCGAAGCGAUCCAUCACUGAAUACUCUCCCGCCAUUAGCACCAGCCCGCCCAGCGAGCGGGGCAUCUUCGUCGCCGAUGCUCCAGACCCAGAGGACCAACAGCGCUGCACGACAUUCAAUGGUGUUGAAACCAUGGACACACUUCUCACCUCUGAUCGCCCUGUCAUGACAAUUCAAGUGACCCGGUUCAGCGACGCGACCCUCAUCACUUUCUCGUUCAACCACCUCAUGGGCGAUCUCUUCACAAUCCCAGAUAUCUUAAACGGCUGGGAGGACGCUCUGAACGGAAGACCUACCGAGCCAUGGGAAAAGCUGGAGGUCGACCCCUUCGCCGAAUACGGGCCGGGCGGAAAACUCGCAAGCAAAGAUGUCGAGUCGAGCAAUCCCGCCCUGCCACCGGGCUGGCGCAUGCUCGGGGUCAUCGACAAAGCGCGACUCGUCUCACGUGUCCUCUGGGACAUGCACUAUAAGCGGCCGGAGAAGACGAUAUCGCAGAAAUACGUGUUCCUCCCGAACGCGGAAGUCGACCGCCUAGUCGAGGAAGCGAAGCGGGAUCUGAUCGCGCUGGAAGAGCGUCGGCGGCAGCAAGGAGUGGCGUCGAACUCGAGCGCGCCCCCAAGCUCAGCCGCUCGAAUGUCAUAUACGCUUGGCUCUUGA